UCUUGGAGUCAGUGGCUGUGGAACUUCAUCAACUGAGAACUUCAAGAGGUUGUCGUUUGCCUGACUAUCUAAGGAUCUCUACAAAUAUAGUAAGCAAUUGAAUUAUCAAUCAUGUUGGCAGUUUGUCUCCUCACUUUCAUCGCCGCGUUGACUGCCGCAGUCCCGACCCCGACCCCAGGGCCUCCUAACGGAAUUCCCCAAUGUGCACUCUCAGAGUGCCCCGUCUAUACUGAAUUGGAAGACUAUGGUCAAGAUAUGUGGAAGCGGCGGAUCGAACCAGGAGUAUGGGCGCGUAGGUCCGCUCCAACCUGCAACCGAACUGCUGCAACAGAUCUAGUCUACUACACGGACCUCCAAAACUACUUUUUGGACAACGGGAUUGACCGGACGACACCAGUCAUGUUUGAAACCGUGAAAAACAAGGCCAGGCCAACUUUCUGUCCCGACCAAUCAGAGUCCCCCCCUUGCUGUGCCGAAAUCUACGCAUAUCUCUUCUACAUUCCUGCAGCUUCGCAAGCAAACACCCCACCUCCAUCACAGGACUCUGGGGUGGAGCUAGUGCACAUGGAAGAUCCUCGGGAGUUCUACGGCAUCACCUUCGGUGGGCGACCGGAAACUCCCAAUGCGACGGAGAAAUACGAACAGCUUCAUGCGUACCUCGUCGAGCAGGCCCUUCCAAUCGAGACCUACGAUAGCAUUGUUGCAGCUUAUGACGCACCAGGGCAGCCUCAGCCUCAUCGCACUGAAAUCCUGAUUCCUGUCAAGGGACCCAGAGAAAAUAAAACCAAUGCAUGCCCCGACAACCAGAACGACAGCCAAGAAAACGAAGAAGGUCGUGGUGAUCGUGAUGGUGGUGGUCGUCGUCGUGGUGGAGGUGCUGGUGGUGAUGGCGGUGGUGGUCGUGGUGAUGGCCGCGGUCGUCAAAGACGCAACGUUCACGACCUUUCCAACAUCGAUCUCAUUCUGUUUUGAGAUGGUCGGCAAACGACUCCAACCAAGAUUAUAAUGAUUUUAUGUCAUUUCAUUUCAUUCGUCACAUUUAAUACAUGUUAAGAAUAACAGAGGCUACAUAAUACAGAAAUUGUACAACUGGGAAGCACUCCCUUUUUGUACAUAUCUAAAGCGUAUAAUUAUAUAGUAAGUAGUUUACUCUCUUAAUUUGUUAUUGGAUAUAAGAAAGUGCUUUGCUUUUUAACUGGUGUUGGAAUACAUCACAUUAUUAUCAUAGUAUUUUCACUUUUCAGCAUAAUCAGGAACCAUAUUUUGGCACAAGCCAAUUCGGUUAUUUUGUGGUGUCCCUUAACCAUAAUACUAUUAGUUUAAUUUACCCUUUUGAUAUAUUAUUUUAGAAAUGGUAAUAAAUUCAUUCAUUCAUUCGUCCAUUCGUUUUUCCGAAAGUUCGUUUCCCUAAAGACUCAUAAUAUUCCGAAGGUUCAUCAUCAAAUUUAUGGUCAUUUCGAAACACAAAUUUCCUAUACCAGGGGGUCAUAAUUCCGUAAAUGAAAUAGGGUUCAUACAAUCAUGUUGUUGGUUUAUUCCGGAAGUUCGUUUAUCCGAAGGAUCAAUAUAAUUCCGAAAGUGAAAUAGAGUUCAUUAUUUUUAUUAUCCAUACUUUCAAAAAUGAUAUGAGAAUUGCUUUUCAAAAUUUUUGAAUUUUCUAAAAAUGAUACAUGGUGAUAUAUAAUUUCCACAAUGAUGAACCUUCGGAACUAUGAACCCCAUUUUCAUUUUCGGAAUAACAAAUCAUUUAUAUGAGAUGGAGCCUUUCUCUUGGUCGAUAAUCUAGGAUCCAGACAAGCCGAAUGGAGCAUGGGAGGGGGCUGCGGGCAGCGCAUAUUUUUUUUUACACAACUGUUUAACCACUUCAGUCAAAUAUACUGUGCAAACGACUAGAGGCAGAGUCUACCCUUAGCAGUGUUGGAUUGCUGGGGCUGUACACGUGUACAUACUCGUUAUUUGUUUUGGGUUAAAUCUAUCCUCUCUUCUCUUUCAUUAUAUAUUUCUGUGUUCUCCUUCAAUCUAUCCUCUUCUCUUUUGUCAUGUAUUUUUUUUUCUUCUUUUUCUUCAAUCUAUCCUUUUUCAAACCGGCUCCUAUAUGUCUUUGUUUUUCCACAAUCUAUCCCCCUAAGUUCGGUUAUGUAAUUCUUUUGUUCUCUUUCAUUCUAACCUCUUCUCUUUUGUUUUAUGUAUUUCUUUGUUUCUCCUUCAAUCUAUCCUUUUCUCCUUCGUCAGCUAUUUCUUUGUUUAAAUCUGAUAGAUUUCCUUUCUCCUUCUCCGGCCUGUUUUUCCUUAGUCUAGAUCUAUUAUCCUCUUAGCUGUAUUUCUAUGUUCUUCCUUUGACUUACCCUCUUCUCUUUCCUUAUGUAUUUCCUUGUUUUUCCUUCUCCAUAUUAUCCUCUUUUAUAUCCUUGUUUUCCGCCCUUUCUAUCAUGUUCCCUUCCCUUGGUGUAUUAAAGUGCUUGCACAUUAUAAUGCGCUGACGACUUAGACUCUUUCACCAGAGCACUUCUUGGAAUUUUUUUCGCGAAAAUGGCUAAACAGUUGUGUAAACAAAAAGUAUGCGCCUGGGGCAGCUUCACAUGUACCCUUCCAUGGGGAAGCAGACCCUUUAAACAUGAGUCCCUUCUUGUACUUUUUAAUUGUGACACUGGCAGCAAUUUAAGACAUUCCACGAUACACCUGAUACUAAGAUGACGUUUUAUUUGGGGGUUGGGUUUGGGUGCCCCCCCCCCCCCCACCAGAGAAUUAUGGAUCUGCGACUUGAAACCAUCCGCGGUUCUAUGAAUAAGUUGCGCUAAUAAUUAUUAUUCAGGAUAUUAACGGCUGGUGAUUGAUGAAAAAAAAAUAUAGCUAUUGCAAAAUAAGUAUCUGGCAAUCAGUGAUCGGGUUAUACGUAACGUAUGAGUACUGUACAUCUGUUUUAGCUAUAGUGUUUAUGUUUCAUACACCAACAUGACUUGUUUUAGUCAAUGACGUAAUCGUAAUGCCAUUCUUUUUACAUAUUUUUUCUUGGAUCAGUAUCAGAAAUUUGUUUGGCUUGUUAAUUAAUAAAUACUUCUAACCGUAAA